CCAUUAAAAUAGGAAAAAGAAAUGGAGUGCCGGAGCAAACACUCUGGUCCACCGUCGACAAUCGGAUGGGCAUGGAAAAGCUGAUACGCAAUACACGUCACGGCUACGCAAAUCGUUAUCCAACUCCCUCCACCUCGUCCCCCAUUAUUGGACUUUUUGCUGAUCCGAAUGCAUUGUUUGUGCUAUAUAUCCAAUCCCCAGCUCCCACAACUAAUGUUCAAAGAAAUUUCGAAUUGGGUUUUGUCUAUUUUCUUCCGCGACUCUGUUUUCUUGGAGAGUUUCUUGGGAUUUCACGUGAGAGAACCUGUUGGAUUCUUGAACCGGCGGGUAAUCCGACUUUGGGCUUUUGGUGUUUGAAUUGAAAGCCCCUUUUGCCUCUUGUGGUGCGAGGUGGGUUGAAUCGAAGUUGGAGAUCAAGGGCUUGAAUCAAAGCUAGGGUUCAAGAGCUGUCUACCAAACCGUUUUGAUUGAGAUAUGGAUAUAAGUAAUGAGGCCAAUGUUGAUCCGUUCUCAAUUGGACCUUCGACCAUUGUGGGUCGGACAAUUGCUUUCAGAAUCUUAUUCUGCAAGUCGAUCUCACACUUGAGGCAUCAAAUCCUUCAUACGCUGGUAUUUUACUUUCAUAGAGUUAGGAGUUAUUCGAAGGCUUUCUUGACGCCCGUUUUCUCAUGGCUUCAUCCCCGGAACCCACAAGGGAUACUAGUAUUUGUGACACUUCUAGCUUUUUGGUUAAGACGAUACACAAAUGUAAAACGAAAAGCUGAGAUGGCAUAUCGGAGGAAAUUUUGGAGGAAUUUAAUGAGAUCUGCGUUAACGUAUGAGGAAUGGGCUCAUGCUGCUAAGAUGUUGGAUAGAGAGACCCCCAAAAUGAACGAGGCACACCUUUAUGAUGAAGAACUGGUGAGGAACAAGCUUCAAGAGCUGCAGCACCGUCGCCAAGAUGGUUCUCUGAGAGAUAUUAUAUUUUGUAUGCGAGCUGACCUUGUCAGAAACCUUGGAAAUAUGUGCAACCCUGAGCUCCAUAAGGGUAAGCUUCAAAUGCCUAAACUUAUAAAAGAGUAUAUUGAUGAGGUCACGACUCAACUACGAAUGGUUUGUGACUCUGAUUCGGAGGAGCUACUCUUGGAGGAGAAGCUUGCUUUUAUGCAUGAGACAAGACAUGCCUUUGGGAGAACAGCUUUGCUUUUAAGCGGGGGUGCUUCACUUGGAGCUUUCCAUGUGGGUGUGGUGAAAACCUUGGUAGAGCAUAAGCUUUUACCCAGGAUUAUUGCAGGGUCUAGUGUUGGAUCGAUCAUGUGUUCCGUGGUAGCCACUAGAUCUUGGCCCGAGCUUCAAAGUUUCUUUGAGGAUUCUUGGCACUCUUUGCAGUUCUUUGACCAGAUGGGGGGGAUUUUUGCAGUUUUUAAGAGAGUUAUGACAAGAGGAGCAGUUCAUGAGAUCAGACAAUUACAGAUGAUGUUAAGGCACCUCACCAACAAUCUUACAUUUCAAGAAGCUUAUGAUAUGACUGGCCGGAUUCUAGGGAUUACAGUUUGUUCCCCAAGAAAGCAUGAGCCGCCCAGGUGCCUUAAUUAUUUGACCUCACCUCAUGUUGUAAUCUGGAGUGCAGUGACUGCUUCCUGUGCCUUUCCUGGCCUUUUUGAAGCUCAGGAACUAAUGGCAAAAGAUAGAAGUGGUGAAAUUGUUCCAUAUCAUCCGCCAUUUCAUUUAGAUCCUGAUAAGGCUUCAGGUUCAUCUGCCCGUUGGUGGAGGGAUGGCAGCCUGGAGAUUGAUCUUCCUAUGAUGCAGUUGAAGGAGCUUUUCAAUGUCAAUCAUUUUAUAGUGAGUCAGGCAAAUCCUCAUAUUGCACCUUUACUUAGAAUGAAGGAGUUUGUGAGAGCUUAUGGAGGCAACUUUGCUGCUAAGCUUGCUCAUCUUGUUGAGAUGGAGGUGAAACACAGAUGCAACCAGGUACUGGAACUUGGGUUUCCAUUAGGGGGCCUUGCCAAGCUGUUUGCUCAAGAUUGGGAGGGUGAUGUCACUGUUGUAAUGCCAGCUACAUUAGCUCAGUACUCAAAAAUCAUCCAGAACCCAUCUCACUUGGAGAUUCAAAAGGCAGCAAAUCAAGGAAGGAGAUGCACUUGGGAGAAGUUGUCAGCCAUGAAAGCCAAUUGUGGGAUUGAGCUUGCUCUGGAUGAGUGUGUAGUGAUUCUUAACCAUAUGCGCAGACUGAAAAGGAGCGCUGAGAGAGCUGCUGCUUCCUCACAUGGCCUGGGAAGCACAGUCAGAUUUAAUGCCUCUAAGAGGAUUCCUUCGUGGAAUGUCAUUGCACGAGAGAACUCAACAGGGUCUCUCGAGGAAGAUGCUGUUGCAGAUGUUGCUUCCUUGAACCAUCAAGGUGUUGGUGGAUCCACAGGUCACACUGGCCGCAACUUGAGAAGCCCCCGUAACAUACAUGAUGGAAGUGACAGUGAAUCUGAGAGUGUUGAUCUUAAUUCUUGGACAAUAUCUGGUGGUCCUUUGAUGAGGACAACCUCAGCAGAUAAGUUCAUUGACUAUGUCCAAAAUUUGGACAUUGAUGGAAAACUGAACAGAGGGAUGAUGGGUCGCCCUAAUAAUUUUGUGAUUAGUUCAAGGGUAACGACACCAGAUAGAAAUUCUGACACUGAGUUAGACCAGAGGGAUUCCAAUAGAGUUCUGACAAACAAUUCUAGCAUCAUGGUUGCUGAAGGUGAUCUGCUGCAGCCGGAAAGGAUCCAUAAUGGGAUCGUGUUCAAUGUUGUGAAAAAGGAAGACUUGACCCCAACAAGUAGGAGUACGGAUUCAGAAAACAGCAGUCAGUUGCAGAUAUCAGUGGCCGAAUGUAUGCAACUUGACUGUCCAGAAAAGGAACUGGACUCAAGCUCAGUAUCCGAAUGCGGUGACAACAAUGAUGCCGAAGUGGAAGACACAAAAAAUGAAGCAGAUUUAGGUAAAGAUCUUUCUGGUCUGGACAGUGUUGAUAAUGAUAAUGAUGCUGUCGAUGCUUAAGAUUGGAGGAUGGUUUCCGCUCGGUAUUCCCGGCUCCAUUACAUUAUCAGAGGCGGGAGUUGCUUCGGUCGACUGUAAAAUAGCCGUAUUGGAUGAUGAUCCUGUUAUUUCAUUGGCUACUUUGGUUGGGAUAAUAUGUAAUGGUAGAAAUGAGGUUUAUACUGGGAAGAGCUCAACCUCAAGAGCUCAAGAAGUCAGUUACUUGGAACAUAUAAAAUGGACACAUUUUGAUUCUUCA